UAUGAUGCUGUCCUUGUGAGACGCUACGGUACGGUACAAGUACCGUACUUACGCCUCGCAGAGUAAGGUACGAUAUCUUGUAUGAUAGGGUACAAGUAAUACAUACGUACAUAUGGUACUACCGGUACUGGUGUUGGCUACACGAUAGACGCUGCACCCAUCGGUCAUUUCGAUCUCGAUCAUGUCGAGAAAUCUUGCGGUUAAAAUCGUUGCUACGAUUACAAAGCACGAACCAUCGCAUCUCGAUCAGAGAAUCGAUCACGUCAAAUCAGGAUCCAUCGAGACAAAUCCGAAACCUUUUUUCACCAUGGCCGUCCUACAAACGAAACACGCCACUCUGAUCCUCCUCCUCCUCGUUGYCUGCGUCCUUGGCCUCGCUUCUGCCGGAACGAACGAGGCCGGCCUGGCCUUUCUCGAAGAAAACCGCGGCAAGCCCGGGGUGGUGGAGCUCCCAUCGGGCCUCCAGUACAAGGUUCUCCGGAGGGGCCGCGGAACAGCGCACCCGACCAGCGGGAGCCCGUGCAGCUGCCACUAYGAGGGAACGCUCAUCGACGGGACCGUCUUCGAUUCGUCCUACGAACGGGGGGAACCGGCGUCCUUUGCGCCCAACCAGGUCAUCAAGGGAUGGACAGAGGCAAUGCAGAUGAUGGUCGCCGGGGACAAGGUGCGUGUGGCUAUGAAUUCUUGGCGCUGGGUUUCGUCUUUUGCGCUGUGCCGACUAGAGCUUGGUGAAGUUUUGUGGGUUCGCCUUUGCUCCUUGUUUGUUUGCUGGAUUGCCGGAUUGCUAACCUUGGCUCUCCCGCACAAUGUUUCGCACCAACCACCCCGUCUCUUCUAUUCUGUCAGUGGGAAAUGUACAUUCCGAGCGAACUGGCCUACGGCGAUCGCGGAAGCCCCCCAAACAUCGGUCCGGGAGAGACGCUGAUCUUCAGGAUGGAAAUCCUAGCCAUCCAGGGCAGCAGCACCCCAGCCCUCCAGUGCAAGAUUGCUUCGCCCGACGACGACUGCAACGAACGCGAGAAAACCUACAUCGGCAAGGUUUCUGGGUACGACGCAUCGAAGGCUUCCAAGGAAAUCCGGCGAUUGCGCAGUAUCCUGGGCGGACCCAUGAAGGACGACCUGAGGGAUUGGGCUCGCCGGCGGGUUAACAUUUUGGAACAAGUCGUCGAGGGCCAGGAGGCGGAAUUGUGACGGGGCUUUCGUGCCGGCUGAUGGAUCUUUUCUCGUUCAACCAUUCGUCCAAAGACGGGGCGCCAUUGGGCGCCGUGAAAGGCUACGCUCGGGCAUGAAACACAACAAAUAUUUUUUUCGUUCUCGUUCCUAUCCCGUCCAAUUGAAUUGAAAUCGAUAUCCUUGAAUAGUAAUCUAAGGGAUUUAAUUUAUUUUGGAUCUACAAGGUCGAACACAAGUUUUGUUCUUUUCAAACAUGAACCCACGCUGAUUCUAAGAUCUACCACAAAAGCGACCCUUCCUCCACACACCUUCUCGUUGUAUGGUUCCGUCGACGCGAACCUCCUUUCCAACUCCGUGCUUGAGGCCAUCCUUCCAGUGCCCUACAAAUCGGCGACCCUUGCUGUUUUUUGACUCGUCGCUGCUUCUGCGUCCGUAUUUGCUGUUCUCGGUCAGAUUAUGGUAAAUCAGAAUUCCUGAGCCGUGCAUUUCGUCCCGGAAAAAGUCUCCCAAAUACGUGGUGGCCGAUGUGGUGUAGAUGCCCUUGCCGCAGCGAAAGCCCUGUUUAUCGAACUUGCCGACGUAAGUAGGUCGCUCUUCCUCGCCAUUUCUGCUGCGGCUGCUUGGAUCUGCAGGGUACGUCAUUUUCCCUUCCAUCAUCGUUCCACGGUCGUACGUGCCUUCGAAGACGCGACCAUCCGGGAACUUUGUCCUACCGUAUCCGUGCUUGAGAUUGACGGGUUUGCCGUUGCCCUCUUCCGACAAGAGGAAGAAUCCGGUGUAUACCUCGUGGGUACGAAUGUUUCGAACCUUUCCCCCGGCGCUAAAAUUGGAACUAGAGGAGGCGAAAGACGAACUUGAUUGAGGCUUGGCACAUUCCUCCUCGCCGCUCAAGUUUUCGGUGCUUUGGUUGUUGUCGGUGAUGGGCUUGCUGCUGUUGAUUUUGUUGCAGUGGCUGCUUUCUGCCCGCCAAGAGUGAGCCAGCAAGCCGUUGCUAUCCUCGUCCUCUUCUUCCUCGUCCAAAAACAACGAUAGAUGAUGGGAAGAGUCGUCUAAGAGAAGCGGUGGCGGCGGAGGAGUUUUUGGCUUCGAGAUUGACUUUUCUUUUCGCAAUGCAGCCGACUUUGGAGGCGAUGACGAAAGGAUUGAUCGCUCUCUUCUUAGCAAGUUAGAUGUUCUCUCUUUUCGUAGUGAAGUACAUAGUGGAGGUGAUGGAAUCGAUCUUUCUUUUCGAAGCGAUUCACAAGCAGAUGAAGAAGCGUUUGCGAUCAAUGAAGCAUCAGAUUUGGUUUUGCCAAUCGUACUUUUUUUGACAGAGGAUGAGGGAGGAGAUGAAGACUUGCUGCCCUCGAUCGAGAUUUUCACCGAGUUUCGCCUCGGAUGCGGUGACGAUAGAAUUGCCGUUCGCUGUAUAGUGCUGGUAUCGGACUUCGAUCUUCGAACCAUUCUGUUCGGCGAUCUUGAACGCGGCGCCGAAACGGGCACUUCUAGGGCGUUAUGCGUCUCUGUCCUAGUCGUACCACGUUGGUGACUAGGUGUUUUCUUUAACCCAAGCGUUGCUAUCGAUCGACGAGGGAGGGGACUCUUUGGGCUAGAAUUGCUCUCUCUAUCCUCGGCUUUGCUAAACUGUGAUGUUGCCGACCUCGUCUUCGUCCUUCCCAAUGAUGCUAUGUACUCAUUUAUAUCAUCAGUAUCGUUGCAAUGAUUCAGAACAAUAUUAUUGAUACUGCUGGCACUUCUACUGCUCAAGUGCCCACAAGAAUGAAUAUCCUGCGACUCAUCAGUAUUCUGAUAGCGGUAAUUCAUUUCKUGCAUACGCAAAUCUCCAAGGCUACCAGACGUUGUCUUGGCGAAGAUUCUAUUUCCGUCAAAGGUACUAGAUGUUUUUGAGAGUUUCAGAUCCAACUUUCCGUUCCUCUGAUCCACUCUGUCAGAUUUUGGUUUUCUACCACGUCGUUUUUUGCCAGAUUUGUCUGGGGACUUCGUCUGUUUCUUCUCUUCKUCUAUUACUUCCUGCCUGACCUCAGGCGAUGACGAAAGACUUGUGCGUUCUUUUCUUCGUCUGGUGGGCGACGAUGACAUUGCCGUGCGCUCAUCUCUUCGUCUCGUAAGAGACGAUGAAAUCGCUGUGCGCUCUUUUCUUUGCCCAGUGGGCGAUGAUGACAACAUAUGUCUUGUGCGUUCCUUUCUUCGUUUAGUGGGCGAUGUCGAAAUGGUCCGCUCUUUUCUUCUGGUUGGCGAUGUCGAGAUGGUACGCUCCUUUCGUCUACUGAAGGAAGACUUCAUUAUGCCUUUUACGUCUUCUGUUGUUUCUUUUUCGAUCCAUCUCGAAGGUGAUGGUGAUACYGUGCGGCCUCUUCUCGUAAUGGGCGACAAUUGCAAAACACGCUCCAUUCGGCUUGAAGGGGAAGUUUUUUCUGUGCGUUUGACUCGUCUAGUGGGAGGCGAUAAUUUCAACAACUUCGCAGACUUGGAAGACGAUGAUGACGAAAACGAUGAGGUCGUUGAUGUGCUUGGUGAUUCAGAUUCUUGGCAGUAGCUUUCCGUUUCUGACUGUUUUGCAAUCUUGGUAAUUAGUUUUGAUGUUUUUUUGGUAUCAUUACGUGGAAGGUCUUUGUUGUUCAAGAUGGCACUACCCGAAGAAGACUUCAAGAGAUCCAGUACAUCCAUCACAAGACGUCUGGUUUCAUCGUCCAAUUUACUCUCGCUCUGGCUUUCUUCACUUCCACGACUGUUAGCCAUCUUACAUCGUUCUAAUCGAUGUCGUAAUGGUGUUAACGACAUGUGAAGAUUAGCACUCUCCUGUCCGAUAUUAUUGAUCAUUGCUGUACAAAUAGACAAAGUUCCUAGUU